UUCAUUUCAUUGGCGGAGAUGGAAGACUCACUACUAAGAAAUCUAUUUAGAGGCUAUCAGAAAUGGGUAAGGCCAGUUCAACACUCUAAUGAUACCAUAACAGUCAAGUUUGGACUAAAGAUUUCCCAGCUUGUGGAUGUGGAUGAGAAGGAUCAGAUUAUGACGACAAAUGUAUGGUUAUGGGAGGAGUGGACCGACUGCAGACUGCAUUGGAACCCAGAUGAAUAUGGAGGUAUCACCUCGAUCAGAGUUCCUUCUGAAACAAUCUGGCUGCCUGACAUAGUUUUGUAUGAAAAUGCCGACGGACGCUUUGAAGGAUCCUUGAUGACGAAAGUAAUUGUGAAGUACAAUGGCACUGUGAUGUGGACCCCACCCGCAAGCUAUAAAAGCUCUUGUACUAUGGACGUGACAUUCUUUCCAUUUGACAGACAGAAUUGCUCAAUGAAGUUCGGUUCUUGGACUUAUGAUGGGGACAUGGUGGACCUCAUUCUCCUUGAUGACCACGUGGACAGAAAGGACUUUUUUGACAAUGGAGAAUGGGAGAUUCUUAAUGCCACAGGAAUGAAAGGAAACAGAAAAGAUGGGCUGUACUCCUACCCAUUCAUCACAUAUUCCUUUAUUCUCAAACGCCUACCUCUGUUCUAUACUCUGUUUUUGAUCAUCCCUUGUCUUGGUUUGUCUUUCCUGACUGUGCUGGUAUUCUACUUGCCCUCAGACGAAGGAGAAAAGCUGUCAUUGUCCACCUCAGUUCUAGUGUCGCUCACUGUCUUUUUGUUAGUUAUUGAGGAGAUCAUCCCAUCAUCCUCCAAAGUGAUCCCUCUCAUUGGCGAAUACUUGCUGUUCAUCAUGAUUUUUGUGACGCUGUCCAUUAUAAUCACUGUGUUUGUUAUCAAUGUACACCAUCGUUCUUCAGCCACUUACCAUCCUAUGUCUCCCUGGGUAAAAAAACUGUUCCUUCAAAGGCUCCCGAAGCUGCUCUGCAUGAGAGGACACACUGAUCGCUACCAUUAUCCAGAAAAUGACUUGAACAGCCCUGAUGAAAAAACCAAACUCUCUGAUACAAAGAGGCUGUUAUCUGGGAAAGUGGAUGAAAACAAGAUGAUAAUGGCACUCAUGGAAAAAGCUACCAAUUCUGUACGAUAUAUCUCAAGACAUAUUAAAAAGGAGAACUUUGUUAGAGAGGUUGUCCAAGACUGGAAAUUUGUGGCUCAAGUCCUGGAUCGAAUCUUCUUGUGGGUGUUUCUUACAGUUUCCAUUCUUGGUACAAUACUAAUUUUUACACCAGCUUUACGAAUGUAUCUGAGUACCUAA